UCGGCUUCAUUGUAUGGCAAUAGUCAUGACUCAUGACCGUUAUAGUACUGCCUUAGGUGAUACAAAACCCUAACGAAAAUCCUGUUUAUGAAUUGAAUCCGAAUCCCAUUGAAGACAAGCGGCAGAGGAAGCGAUUGAUUGAUCGGAAAUGGCGUCCGUUCAUCAUCCUGCUGUCUAUCUAAACAUAUUCACUUCUCCGCCUCGUCGUCCUGUGGCAGAAAAUUUUGCAGCUCUAGCUGCACACAGUUGUCCUUUGUUUUGUGGAAGUACUUCGAUGAUUUGCAGGAAUUUCGGAGGUUUGAAGCUUUGGAUGCAUCGAAACCUGAAAUAUCAAGGGUCCAAAAUAAAACAAAAACAUGAACGAAAAACUGAAUUCAAGAUGCAGCAAAUUGAUGACAAAGAUCAGCUACCUGUCCCCUCAGAUACCUAUUAUCCAAGACAAGAUAUCCAACAUUUCUCUGCCUCUGUUGUACCAAAUGAAACCUCAUCAUCUUCCAACACUCAGCAUGAAAAGAAUUCUAUAAUUAAUCAGUCUGGUAAAUCCAAAAGAGCUAGCGCAUCUUUGAAAUCUUUUCCGGAUGCACACAAAUUUCUCAGCAUUGUUGUUAUCGGGGCUACUGGUGAGCUGGCGAGGCUGAAAAUCUUUCCAGCAUUGUUUUCUUUGUACUAUAGCGGCUUUCUUCCAGAGAAUGUUGGUAUAUUUGGCUAUUCAAGAAAAAAUUUGACUGAUGAUGAUCUCAGAUCCAUGAUAGCAUCAACUUUAACAUGUCGGAUUGAUCAACAGUAUGUUUUCAUUCCCUGUAAAAUACAAAACUGUGAUGAAAAAAUGGAAGCUUUCCUGAAAAGAACGUAUCAUUUCAAUGGAGGGUACGAUAACAGAGAAGGAAUGUUGAAGCUUAGUACCUGUAUGGAACAAGUGGAGGGAGACACCAAAGCAAACCGAAUGUUUUAUCUUUCUGUUCCAGAAGAAGCAUUGCUUGAUGUUGCAUCUUCCCUUGCCAAUAGUGCUCAAAGCAAGAAUGGUUGGAACCGUAUUAUAAUAGAGAAACCAUUUGGGUUCGAUUUACAAUCUUCUAACCAAUUGACUUACUCUCUUAUGAAGAACUUCAGUGAGAAUCAAAUAUAUAGGAUAGACCAUCUUUUGGGGAGGAACACUAUCGAAAAUCUUGCUGUUCUAAGGUUCUCCAAUCUCGUUUUUAUGCCGUUAUGGAAUCGAAAUUACAUCCGCAACAUACAGGUUGUUGUAUCUGAGGAUUUGGGCUUGAAAACUGGUGAUCGGUAUUUGAAUAGCCAUGGGAUUAUAGGUGAUGUUGUACACAGCCAUAUCUUCCAAACUAUUGCUUUGCUUGCCAUGGAACCUCCUGUGACUCUUGAAGGCGAAGAUGUUCGAAAUGAAAAGGUCAAGCUUUUGAGAUCAAUUCGGAAGUUAGAGACUAGUAAUGUCAUCCUUGGUUAUUGCAUGCCCGCAUCCGGAGCCAAGGGCGGUCCUGAAUUGGGCAGAAAAGCACCCACAUACUUUGCUACAGCUAUGUUCAUCGACAAUGCUCGGUGGGAUGGUGUCCCAUUUAUGAUUAAAGUCGGAAGGGGACUUACAAAUCAUCGAAUUGAGAUUCGCAUACAGUUUCGCCAUGUUCCGGGGAACCUCUAUGGCGAACACAUCAGCCAGAGGUCCGAUCUCAUCAACAACGAGUUGAUACUUCGUGAUGUGCCUGAAGAAGCAAUACUGGUCAGAGUUAACAACAAAAUACCUGGACUAGGCAUUCACUUGGAUGCUUCUGAGCUCAAUUUGCUUUAUAAGGAUAAGUACAACAUAGAGGUGCCCGACUCUUACGAGCAACUUCUCCACGACGUCAUAGAUGGGGAUAAUCAUUUGUUCAUGAGAAGUGACGAGGUAGCAGCUGCAUGGAAUUUAUUGUCUCCAGUUUUAAGGGAGAUGGACAGCAACAACUUAGUACCCGAAAAAUAUGAGCAGGGGAGUAGGGGUCCCGAUAAAGCUAUCUACCUUUGGGCAAAACACGGCGUCAAAUGGAUGGAUGACUGACUAUCAAUCAAGCUCCAGAAUUUUCACCUUCUCCUGUGGCAGUGCAGCAGUACCUUGUUUGGUGACUUAGCUCCACUGCUGAAUUUGGUUUACAACAUGAUAGACCUUUAUGACUGUUAGAGAUAGAGAUCACUGACAGAAGAAAUCGAAGGGAACACGAGGUGUUGAAUACGCCGAGGAG